CAAAAGUUCAUCAUACGGCAUUUUAGCUUUCAUAUGAGAAAAAAGGAAAUAACGAAAUAAUUUCAUUGAAAGAAAUAUUUUCCAUAAAAGUGCAGGUGUUUAACAUCAAAACUAUACAAUGGGUGAACGUUUUAAGGACUUGCCACGUUUCAGUGGAUCCUUAAGAGCCAACACCGACUUGGAGGCCAAAUUGACAGUGAUAAAUGACAAAGAAGAAUUGGAUGAAUUGAGGCAGGAGAGAAAUACAUUUCUGAAAUUACAAACCGAAGAACAACAGACCAUUAAUGAGGUGCUGCAGCAUAUGCCAGCUGAUAGAAGAGACCAGAUUAAGAUACAUUUUCAAAAGUUACGAAAUCUAGUGCAAGAAUGCAUGGGCUAUGAUGAACAGCCACAGGUGGUUGAGCAUGCUACUCUAUUUCUCUUUUGGCUGAUGUUGGAGCAAAAAGUCAUAAUGGUGGCCACCACCAUGCGAGUACGUUCCAUUUUUGGAACUAUUUUUGGUAAUAAAUUGGCGAAAAUUCAUCAAACGGUGUGGUCCAUGCGUGAACUGCUUGAGGACUAUGAAGUUGAGGAGCUAAAAGAAUGGAACAAAGAUUUGGGUAAAAAAUCAAAGAACCAAAAACUCUGGGGUGAUCAUAUAAAAGUUAAAUUUAAGCAGGCUUCCACAGAAGAAAUUGGCAAUCUGUUAGAUUUAGCCCCGGCUACCAUUAGUAAAAACGCCACUUCUUUGGGUUUCUCCAUGCAAUGGAACCAGGAAGCUGCCUCCUCAAGCAACAAGUCCAAAUAUCACAAAGUGGUGGACACUUUUAUAGAAAUGUCACAAAAGGAUGAACAUGCUCACUUAAUAACUAGCCUAACAGAAAUGUUAAAUUCCAAAAAGUCCAAUAAUGAAUUACAAAACGACCUCAUAGAACUACUGGGUUUCGAACAUUUCGAUCUAGUGCAAGAAGUUUUGACAGAGCGCUCAAAAAUAGGAAACCAAUUGCAAGACUUGGAACAAAAAGAAAAACGCACCAAGCGUAGCAAACAGCUGCAGCAGAAACAAAUGAAAAAUGGUGCUGCGGGAGGAACAGAAAUGAGGCCGACUGUAGCAUCUCAAGUAGUGGUGCAAUCAGCGCAGGAGAAAGAAUUAACCAAACAACAGCGCAAAGAAGAAAAGAAAAUGCAACGCUUAAUGCAAUCCAUAGGACGCAAUGAAAAAGACGAAGACGAGGUGGCACAAAUUAUAAACCCCAUGCAAUUGCGUAUGCAGCAACAACGUAAACUUCUGGAGCAUGCCCAACAUCAGCCCAUCUUAAAAUGUAACCAACAACUAAAAGAAUUUCGUUCUAAUAUCGCUGCACCACAACGUUAUCCCUACGUCUUUGACAGCCAGUUGGAAGCAAAACAACAUGCAGGCUUCAUAGGUGGCAAUCGUAUAUCUCUGCCAGAAACAUCGGAACGUAUCGACUGUAAACAGUACGAAGAGGUAAAAAUUCCAGCCACUGAACCACCUCCAUUAACGGUGGGUAAUAAUCGCAUUAACAUCACCGAUUUAGAUGAUAUCGGCAAAAUCGCUUUUGCGAAUUGUAAACAACUCAAUCGUAUACAAUCGGUGGUGUAUCCGGUGGCCUAUCAUAGCAAUGAAAACAUGUUGGUGUGUGCACCCACCGGUGCGGGUAAAACUAAUGUGGCCAUGUUGGCCAUUGUCCAUACAAUACGUUCGCAUUUAGAGAAUGGCCUCAUUAAUCGUGAUCAAUUUAAAAUUGUCUACAUUGCUCCCAUGAAAGCUUUGGCUUCCGAGAUGGUUGCUAACUUUUCAAAACGUUUAAAGGAAUUGAAUAUUGUGGUUAAAGAGUUGACUGGUGAUAUGCAAUUGUCGAAGGCGGAGAUGACUCAGACCCAAAUUUUGGUGACAACCCCUGAGAAAUGGGAUGUGGUGACAAGAAAAGGUGCCGGUGAUGUUGCCUUAAUUAGUUUGGUUAAACUGCUCAUUAUCGAUGAAGUGCAUUUACUGCAUGGCGAACGUGGCCCAGUAGUUGAGGCCCUGGUAGCUCGUACACUUCGUCUAGUCGAAUCUUCCCAAAGUAUGAUUCGUAUUGUUGGUCUCUCUGCCACACUGCCCAAUUACAUAGAUGUGUCAAAUUUCCUACGAGUAAAUCCCAUGAAAGGUCUUUUCUACUUCGAUUCACGCUUCAGACCAGUACCUCUCGACACUGUGUUUAUAGGUGUGAAAGCAGUGAAACCUCUACAACAACUAGCCGAUAUGGAUCAAAUUUGUUAUCAGAAAUGUUUAGAGCAAGUUCAAUUGGGUCACCAAGUUAUGGUGUUUGUACAUGCCCGCAAUGCUACCGUACGUACGGCCAGUACAUUAAGAGAGCUGGCACAGCAAAAUAAUACCAAUGCUCUCUUUUUACCCGAUACCAAUACUAGUAAUUAUGGUUUGGCCUUGAGAGCCAUACAAAAAUCGAGAAAUAAACAAUUGGUGGAGCUGUUUUCGGCUGGUUUUGCCAUGCAUCAUGCGGGUAUGUUGAGAACCGAUCGGCAGCUGGUGGAGAAAUACUUUUCAGAGGGUCAUGUCAAGGUGCUGGUAUGUACGGCCACUUUGGCUUGGGGUGUUAAUUUGCCAGCUCAUGCGGUUAUCAUAAAGGGCACUGAUAUUUAUGAUUCCAAACAUGGUUCCUUUGUCGAUUUGGGUAUAUUGGAUGUUUUGCAAAUUUUCGGUCGUGCUGGUCGUCCCCAAUUCGACAAAAGUGGUGUUGGUACUAUCAUAACCACCUACGAUAAGCUGAAUCAUUACUUGUCCCUGCUCACCAAUCAAUUUCCUAUUGAAUCCAAUUUCGUACAAUUUUUGGCUGAUAAUCUUAAUGCUGAAAUUGCUUUGGGCACCAUUUCCAAUGUGGACGAGGCAGUGGAAUGGCUUAGUUAUACAUAUCUUUUCGUCCGUAUGCGCAUAAAUCCUCAUGUUUAUGGCAUAGAAUAUGCCGAGGUGUUGCAGGAUCCUCAAUUGGAAGCCAAAAGACAAGCCUUAAUAGUGGGAGCAGCCAUGAGUUUGGACAAAGCUCGCAUGAUACGUUUCAAUCAAAGAACUUUGGAUUUCAAUGUUACCGAUUUGGGUAGAACUGCCUCUCAUUUUUAUAUAAAAUAUGAUACAGUGGAAAUAUUUAAUGAUUUGCUAAAGCCUUUCAUGAAUGAGUCUGAAAUCUUUGCCAUGAUUUCACAGGCUCAAGAAUUCCAACAGCUGAAAGUUAGAGACGAUGAACUGGAAGAAUUGGAUGAACUGCGACACAAUUAUUGCAAGGUUAAAGCUUUCGGUGGUAGUGAAAAUGUUUGCGGCAAAGUUAAUAUACUGAUGCAAACUUUCCUUUCGCACGGCUAUGUCAAGUCCUUCUCGCUAGUCUCCGAUAUGUCUUAUAUUGUACAAAAUAUAGCACGUAUAGCCAGAGCCUUAUAUUCCAUAGUGCUGCGCAAUAAUAAUGCCAUUUUAUCGGGACGCAUGUUGCAAAUUUGUAAAAUGUUCGAACGCCAACAGUGGGACUUUGAAACUCCCAUGCGACAAUUUUCCAUUAUUAAUGCCGAAACCAUAGAUAAAUUGGAAAGUAGAGGCAUAAGUCUGUAUACUCUAAGGGAAAUGGAACAGAAUGAAUUGAAAGAGAUUUUACGAAAUGCACGUUAUGCCGAGAAUGUGUUGAGGGCCGCCAAAGAAUUACCGAUGCUGGAGAUUGAAGCCACUUUACAACCAAUUACACGUACAGUAUUGAGAAUUAAAAUCGAUAUAUGGCCGAAUUUCAAUUGGAACGAUCGGGUACAUGGUAAAGUAAGCGAAAGUUUUUGGCUGUGGAUAGAGGAUCCCGAAACGAAUUUCGUGUAUCAUUCUGAAUUGUUUCAGGCCACCCGUAAAUUUGUAUUUAGCGGUAAACCGCAACAACUGGUCAUGACCAUACCGCUAAAGGAACCACUACCACCCCAAUACUACAUACGUGUUGCUAGCGAUAUAUGGCUGGGUAGUAAUACCUGGAUACCGCUCACAUUCAAACAUCUAGUGCUGCCCGAACAUCAUCCACCCCUGACGGAACUGCUACCUAUACAUCCACUACCCGUUACUUGCCUACAAAAUCCCCUCUACGAAUCCCUGUACAAUUUCAGCCACUUCAAUCCCAUACAAACACAAAUCUUCCAUUGUCUGUACCACACCGACAAUAACGUUUUGGUGGGUGCACCCACGGGUUCGGGCAAAACAAUUGUGGCUGAAAUUGCUAUAUUUAGAGCAUUCAACAAAACCCCCAAAGCCAAGGUGGUGUACAUAGCGCCUCUAAAAGCUUUGGUCAAAGAACGUAUAAGUGAUUGGAAGAAACGUUUUGAGGCUGGUCCUUUGCGUAAAAAAGUUGUUGAAUUGACCGGUGAUACUACGCCAGAUAUACAAGCGAUUAGGGAGUCUCAGCUUAUCGUAACCACCCCUGAGAAAUGGGAUGGUAUCAGUCGUUCGUGGCAAACGAGAGAAUACGUACAAGAUGUGGCCUUAAUUGUUAUCGACGAAAUUCAUUUGUUGGGUGAAGAUCGUGGUCCUGUGAUAGAAGUUAUUGUUUCGCGUACAAAUUUCAUAACCUCACACACGGGUCGCAGCAUCCGUAUUGUGGGCUUGUCAACGGCUUUGGCCAAUGCUCAAGAUUUGGCCAAUUGGUUGGGCAUUAAACAAAUGGGUUUAUACAAUUUUAAACCUUCCGUGAGACCGGUACCGCUGCAAGUGCACAUUAAUGGGUUUUCAGGAAAACACUAUUGUCCCCGUAUGGCUACCAUGAAUCGACCCACAUUCCAAGCUAUACGCUCUUAUUCACCUUCCGACCCAGCCAUUGUGUUCGUUGCAUCCAGAAGACAAACUAGACUGACAGCUUUGGAUCUCAUAACAUUUGUAGCGGGCGAUGAAAAUCCCAAACAAUUCUUACACAUGGAAGAACAUGAAAUGCAACAAAUCCUGCAAAACGUUAAAGAUUCGAAUUUGAAAUUCUGUUUAGCCUUUGGCAUAGGUCUGCAUCAUGCCGGUUUGCAGGAGACAGAUCGUAAAGUCUGUGAGGAACUGUUUCUUAAUCGUAAAAUACAAGUUCUUAUAGCUACCGCCACUUUGGCCUGGGGUGUUAAUUUGCCCGCCCAUUUGGUGGUUAUCAAGGGCACUGAGUACUUUGAUGGUAAGGUGAAGAAAUAUGUUGAUAUGCCUAUUACGGAUGUUUUGCAAAUGAUGGGUCGUGCUGGCCGUCCCCAGUUCGACAAUGAAGGUGUGGCCGUGGUUUUGGUACAUGAUGUUAAGAAGAACUUUUAUAAAAAGUUUUUGUAUGAUCCCUUCCCCGUGGAAUCGAGUCUGUUGGAUGUGUUGCCUGAACACAUAAAUGCUGAGAUAGUAGCGGGUACGGUGCAAACGAAACAGGCAGCCUUGGAUUAUCUCACCUGGACGUAUUUCUUUAGACGGUUGCUAAGAAAUCCUACUUACUAUAAUUUGGAUGGCCUAGAGCCUACACAAGUGAAUGCUUUCCUUUCAUCACUGGUGGAGAAAGUUAUUUAUGAACUUGAAGCUGCCGCUUGUUUGGUACAAAAGGAACACAUUUUAAUACCCACAUUUUUGGGUCGUAUUUCAUCAUUCUAUUAUUUGUCGUAUCGUACAAUGAAACAUUUCCUAGACGAUUUGGAGCCACAAAUGUCGACAACUGAUUUGUUGCUAGCAAUAGCCGAUUCGUAUGAGUUUGAUCAACAGCCAGUGCGUCACAAUGAAGAUAAACAUAAUGAGGAAUUAGCUGAAGACUGCCGUUUGCGUCCACGUUCUCCCAGCUGGGAUUCACCCUAUACGAAAACAUUCCUUUUACUACAGGCUCACUUCUCAAGACUGUCUUUGCCAAAUUCUGAUUAUUUUACUGAUACCAAAUCGGCGUUGGAUAAUGCUACACGUGUAAUGCAGGCCAUGGUGGAUUAUACAGCCGAACGAGGUUGGCUAUCGACUACCCUUAAAGUACAACAACUUAUGCAAAGCAUUAUACAGGCUCGUUGGUUUGAUGAAAGUGAAUUUCUCACCCUGCCCCAUGUUACCGCCACAAAUGUACAUCUCUUUUAUAAAAUACCGCACAAUUACGAACAUCUGACAUUGGCAGCCUUAAAAGACAUUUGUCGCAAAGAUUAUGAAAAAUUGGCCGGACCAUUGAGAGACAUGUUCGAAGAGCCAGAAAUUGAACAAAUCUAUAAGGUUUUACAAAAUCUACCAGAAAUAACGGUUAACAUUUCCAUACAGGGAAGAAAUUAUGAGCAAAUGGAAGAUUUGAGAGAGAUACCAACAGAUUUAAAAUCGAAUACUUGGACAAAAAUUCAUCCAAAUGAGGACUAUGUACUCUGUAUUAAUAUGAAACGUUUGAAUGCAAAUCGUUAUCAAAGCACUGCCAUUCAUUGUCCCAAAUAUGCCAAGGGUAAAAAUGAAGCUUGGUUCUUAACUCUGGGCUCCCAGGGCACCGAUGAACUGUUGGCCAUGAAGCGCAUCAACAUACGUGGUUUAAAGGCCUCCAAUCGCAUAACGUUUCAAUGUCCGCCCCGCAAAGGUCGUCUUUUGCUGACUCUAUAUCUAAUGUCAGAUUGUUUGAUUGGUUUUGAUCAACAGUUUGAUUUACAAUUUGAUAUCGUUGAUGCCAAGGAAUAAUUCAACGCACUUUUAAAAACUUACUAACUAAAGAGCUGCUAACAUUUCCUUAGUUCUCAAUCAAAUUAACAGACAGCUCUUUAGUUAGCUUACAUAGACUAUUUCCUUAUGAAUAUGGCUUUAAAAGAUUUGCUUUAUAAACAUUACUGUGAGUAAGCUUAUGUAUGCAUGUUUUGUUUAAUUGAUGACAGCUGUAUUUUAGCUUGACAGCUCUAAAAUUAAGUUCGUAUUUCUAUAAGAACUUGUUAAAGCUUUUUUUUAUAAACAUAUUUAUAAAACAAUUACAUUAUUAUUUUUCAUUGUGAUUAUUAUAAUUUCACGUCUUUACAAUAUUUUGUAUACAUAUAAAUACUCUGAUUGUUCGUUAAGAUAAAGAUGAAUGAAGGAAUGAAUUAAUUUUUAACAUAAUUAUUAAAUAAAAUAUGAAUUUAUAAACUUAUGUUCUUUACACCAUCUCUACACCCACAA